UAAUAAUCUGUGACAUCAUUUGAGUUGACGUUUGUGGUUGUUAACUUGUUUGUGGUUUUACAUAAAGUUGCAGUAAAAAUUAAAUUGCAAAAAUAAAUAAAACUAAUAAAUAUACAGCAAUUUUUGAUUUUCAAGACUGGAAUAAAAAGAUAAAAUAAUGCCACCAAUAGCUGGAAAGUAUCAACACUACAAAAAUGAGGAUAUUGAUGACUAUUUCAUUGCAGUAGGUGUACCAUAUGUGGGGCGUAAGAUGAUGGCAAUGUCAUCACCAUUAAUGGAAAUAACAGUGGAUGGUGAUAAUAUAACCAUAAAAAAUUCUUCCUUACUAAGAACAGUUGAGACAAAAUACAAAAUUGGAGAGGAAUAUGAGGAACAUAUGCCAAGCACAACUAUUAAGAGUAUAACAACUUUGGUAAAUGACAAUGAACUUGUCACCCAAUCAGUUAUUCCUGAGACUGGUGAUAAAUGUGGCAGACAUUACAUGUUCACUGAUGAUGAAUGUGUUAUUACAUUGACACAUGAGAAAGCAAAAACACCUGGCAAAAGAUACUUCAGGAGAGUGAAGUCUUAAAAAUGAUCUAUCAUAUUAUGUAUUACUUUAAGAAGAAUCUUUAAUCAUCAGUCAAACUGAAUUUUUAAGUUAUUUUUUUAUACUAUUCAUAUACUAUAUCUACAUUCUUUUAUUUUUAUAAUCUUUAUUUGAUAUAUUUGACUAAAAUAUGAUGUUAUUAAAUACAUAUGCAUUUUAAAA